CAGCAGCAGCUUUAUCUUCAAAUGCAGAGCCUGUGCCACUUCCGCCUUGUAAGGGUGUAUUUAUGCAGCAGUAUGCCCUGCCAUGCAAUCAUUACAUUCUGCGGGAGCUUGAGGCCCAGCGGCCGCUGACGAAGGAGGUUGUGCAUCCGCGAUGGUGGCUACAGAAGCUGACCUUAAGGAACCAUUACUACGCAUCCAUGACCCUAAUAUUAUCACUAAGCUUCGCGGGUGCCGGCAUACACUAUCCAACUCGAAGCUUCCUAUUCCGCCAUACCUAAAGGUUGAAGUUACCGAAGGCGUUGAGGUCCUCCCGCCCCUGCCGCCCCUCCCGAGUCAGGGCUACAGCAGCCUUAAGCCUAGUAUCCGGCGGUCCCUGACUCAAGCUGAAAUCGAGAUGCAGACAUCACUAUGGUCAAGAUCAGGAUCACCUGCACAUACACCUGCCCGUAUACAAGAAACUAGAAGAGGACAGGCUCGAGGGACAAGGGCGGGGGUGCCGUCAACCUCACGGCAGCUCCGGUCGUCUCGGGCGGCGGCGGAAUAGGGGUUUUCCGCUUGAAAAGUAGUAUUUUGUAUGAAAACACCGGAAAUGCAUUUUUUAAACGAUUUAGCCCUAGCUAGGACCGUCAGGCUAUUACUGUGUGUGUG